UUUCUCCACCAUACCAGCAUUCACCGCCAUGAUCCACCGAUCAACGUGAAUGACUCCAGAAAGACGAGAAAAGUCUGUCGCCAUUUCCUCGCUGAUAGUUUAAUUAUAACAAAAAGAUUAAUAUAAAUCUAAGGGUGAUAGAAAUUAAUCGAAAUAAUUUAAAUAGAAAAAAUAAUACAGGCAAUAUACAACGGUAUUUUCGGCAGCAAAAGUGAAAGGUUUUAGUGCUGAGGAAUGCACACGUAUGUUACAAUCUAGAACCAGUUUUAUUGUGGCUAACCACUGAUAAACUUGUAUUUCUGACAUUGUGCUAAAUCAUGGAAAAGUAUUGUAUGAUAAAUUACUCUUCAAAAAAUAUAUUUAACAAAAGUAUUUACAUGAUUAUUGUGUUUUUAAGUAUUUUAAGUUAUUACAAUGUAAAAGGAAAUCUAAAAAGAUGCGUGAGUUGCAGAUCAAGAGGAGAGUUAGGCUCUUGCAGAGAUCCAUUUACAAUAAACUCAACACUUGGUGUUCAUGAACCAGGCAUCAAGAUUGAACCAUGUGCAUCCGGCUGGUGUGGAAAAAUAAUUGAGUCAUUAAACGAAUAUGCAACAGCUACACAAAGAAUGUGCUUUCAACGACCACCAGAUGAUGGCGAAGAAAGAUGCUCAUUUACUAUUAAAAAUUGGAAAAAAGUUUUCAUGUGUUUUUGUAAAGGUGAUCUUUGUAAUGAUGCCACUUCUGUUUCAGUAUCUAGAUAUUUAAUUAGCAUGUCAAUUGUGUUAAUUCUUGUGUCACGUAUCAUUUGAUUAAAUAAUUUCUUUAAAGAAAAAAUAAAUACUCCACGUGUAGCCAACAUGAUGUUCCAAGUACUGAUUUUUAUAUUUAAAUAAAUGACAAUAAAUUAAACAACAUUUGAAAAACAACAAUUGCAUAAUUGUUUUUUUUAAUUUUGAAUCAAGUCAGAAUCAUAUUGUGGAUUUCGAUUAUUGAUGCAAGUGUACUCGCUAAAUUAAAUUAUCUGUCUUUGCCAAUAGAAAAAAAUAAAAUCAUUACUGGUGCUUCAGUUAAAUUGUUAAAUAACAUGAAACAUUUAAGCCUAAUAAAUUGCAUUAAAAUUACUGAUACAAUCACUGAAGUUAUAAAAGACAGCAGAGUUAACAACAGCUUGUUCUAAAUGAAUUUUUAGUGUAUUAGUUUCGUUUGAAAAUCAUUAUGGCAUGGUUGGCAAGAAACGAGAAUAUUAUAUGGACCAAAUGAUACUCACUUUUCAACUGCAUAUGGACUGUUAAAUAAACAUUUGCUUUAAAAACUUUUUUACAUUUAUAUGUGAUAAUUAUAUUAGCUCCUUUUUUAUCAAAUUUUUAAUUUACAUACAUUUGCUUUAAACUAAAUUUAAAAGUCAUCAAAAAGUUAUUUCCGUUUGUAUAAAGAUAAAAAUAAAAAAAAUUUGUUAAUUGUUUUUAGAUUGAGUGUAAAUUUAAUCACAAAUUUACUAUCUUGCUGUGCACAAUCAGCAAAACUUUACCAAAGUCACAUUAACUUAUUAAAAA